ACACAUUAAUAAUGUAUUUAUUGUCUAAUAAAAAGUUUAUUAUAUAUUUAGAUGGACCAAUCUAUUUCUCUAAGGAUUCUAAGAAUCAUUCUAGUGAUGACACGUGACUACAAAAAAAUGUUGCAAUGCUUUUCAAAUUAUAUAUAGGGGAUAAAAUCAUAAGGAUUUAAAUAAACCAGUGGCUGGAAUGUAAAUAUUUGCAAAAUGGAAAGGUAUCUCAAAAAGCUUUAUGUUCUAAUAGUAUAGAUAUAUACAAUGCAAUGUUGACUAAAACAAGUCAAUGUUCAAUGAUAUCAUUGAUAUAAAUGUCCUUCAUAUUAUGGUAAUAUAUAAUAGCAAUAAUAAUAAAUAGACCCAGAGGAGUUUAGGAAUGAUUCUACUAUUUAUGCAUAUUAUCAUGUCGAUCCCAUAGAUAUUUACAUAUUACAGAAACCUUUAGUUUCAUAUUAUAAGAAAUGGAGAAACCACCAGCAAACUCAUUUUGUCUCCUCUUAUGUGUCCUCGUCUUGUUCUUGAGUUUAGUCUCAGCAGUUGCAGAUGAUCCUCAAGAUAAACAGGUGUAUAUUGUCUACAUGGGAUCACUUCCGUCUGGGCUAGAAUACUCACCAAUGUCUCAUCACAUGAGCAUCCUUCAAGAGAUCACUGGAGAAAGUUCGAUCGACGGUCGUUUGAUGAGAAGUUACAAGAGGAGUUUCAAUGGGUUCGCUGCCCGGCUCUCUGAGUCAGAACGAGAAAGAAUAGCCGAAAUGGAAGGAGUUGUGUCUGUGUUCCGGAGCAAGAAGUUACAAAUCCAAACGACAGCGUCUUGGGACUUCAUGGGGUUAAAGGAAGGAAAUAAUACAAAGCGAAACUUGGCAGUAGAGAGUGAUACUAUCAUCGGUCUCAUUGACACAGGGAUUUGGCCAGAGUCCGAGAGCUUCUCCGACAAAGGCUUUGGUCCUCCUCCGAAAAAAUGGAAAGGUGUUUGUUCUGGCGGCAAAAACUUCACUUGCAACAACAAGUUGAUCGGAGCAAGAGACUACACAGGCGAAGGCACCAGGGACAACCAAGGCCACGGUACACACACAUCAUCCACUGCGGCUGGUAACGCAGUUGCGGGGGCAAGCUUCUUUGGAAUUGGCAAUGGAACCGCUAGAGGCGGUGUUCCAGCUGCUAGAAUCGCUGCUUACAAAGUCUGCACCAGCACAGAGUGUGGCUCAGAAGCUGUACUGUCUGCAUUCGAUGACGCGAUAGCAGAUGGUGUCGACCUCAUCAGCGUCUCCUUAGGGGGAGACGACGGUGAGGUCCUUAGGUACGAAGAAGACACGAUUGCGAUCGGGGCUUUCCAUGCUAUGGUCAAAGGUAUCCUCACUGUGAAUUCAGCCGGUAACAGCGGUCCAGAUCCAAACACAGUCGGAAGCGUAGCGCCGUGGAUAUUAACCGUUGCAGCCAGUACAACCAACCGUGAGUUUCUCACCAAAGUUGUUCUCCAAAACGGCAAGACACUUUCCGGGAGAUCAGUGAAUGCUUUUGAUCUGAAGGGAAAAAACUAUCCUCUUAUCUACGGAGAUUAUAUCGAAGGAUCUCAGGUCGAGGGAAAAAUAUUGGUGAGCGGAUACUCAGUUAGUUCAGAUGUAGCUGUUGCAACCAUAAUUAGAGACUACAAAGACUAUGCAUCCAUUAGCUCUCGUCCUCUCUCUGCUCUAUCACCAGAUGACUUUGAGUUUCUUGUCUCUUACGUUAACUCAACAAAGUCGAGUCAAGGCACUGUUCUAAAAACUGAGGCAGACUUUAAUCAGAAAGCGCCUAAAGUUGCUUCCUUCUCUUCUCGUGGUCCAAACCCUAUCGCUGUUGACCUUCUUAAGCCGGAUAUAACUGCACCAGGAUUGGAGAUUCUUGCUGCAUAUUCACCUUUAAGUCCACCAUCUUUAGAAGACCAGAGACGUGUGAAGUACUCUGUUCUAUCUGGAACUUCAAUGUCUUGUCCACACGUUGCUGGCGUGGCUGCGUACAUCAAGACUUUUCAUCCUGACUGGUCUCCAUCCAUGAUCCAAUCUGCCAUCAUGACAACUGCUUGGUCGAUGAAUGCUUCUGACGCUGGGGUUGCAUCAACCGAGUUUGCUUAUGGAGCUGGCCAUGUUGACCCAAUAGCUGCUCUAAAUCCUGGACUUGUCUACGAACUGGACAAAGCAGACCACAUCACCUUUCUCUGCGGCUUGAACUACACUUCCAAAACCCUUAGACUCAUUACCGGUGAAGCAGUCACUUGCACUGGAAAUACCUUACCAAGAAACCUCAACUAUCCUUCAAUGUCGGCUAAACUUUCGGAAACUAAUAGCUCCUUCACCGUCACUUUCAACAGAACCGUCACCAACGUCGGUAUCCCCAACUCUACAUACAAAUCGAUGAUUGUCUUAAAUCAGGGUUCUAAGCUCAAUGUCGAGGUUACGCCUAAUGUCCUGUCUAUGAAGUCGGUGAAGGAGAAGCAGUCUUUCACCGUGACUGUUUCAGGCAGCAACAUCGACCCAAAGCUGCCUUCUUCUGCAAGUUUAAUAUGGUCUGAUGGCAUCCAUAAACUUAGAAGCCCCAUUGUUGUUUAUACUGAUAUUCCUGAUUCAAUCUGAUAAUAUUUAAUAUAAUAAAUCAAUAUAAUCCUUAUGUUUGA